GCACCGUUCGUGGGUCGAUCACCAUCUGCGGUCUGAGAAUCAUAGAAAUCGCCUUUCGAUAUUCUUUCCCUCUCUUUCAAGUGUUUCUUCGGACCCGGCUGAGCAGGCUUUCCCUCUUCCUCUCCAUUAAACCGUGGAUUUCGUGUCCGUCGUCAUCGUUCGACAUUGUUCAGCUCCCCUGAACAUGGACAUAUAGCACACCCCAACGAGCAACACCUACUGCUUGUCUGCGUUGUGUUUGAGCAUAGUCAUCCUGACUCUAUCCGCAGGCGAACCUAUCCAGCCGAUUAAGGAAUAUGGACGAUAAUCUGGAUUCCGAUGUCUCCCCCAUGGGACACACUCCGCCCUCAUUGCCGACUGGGAGGUCUGUCGACGGCCUCUCCGAACCACUCAAAGAUUCCUCUCACGCCCGUUCGCCCCUUCGUGUCUCUCUUGGCGUCAACGACGUCGACUCCUCUUCCCGCACGAUCCACUCAGUUGCCAACGGCCCAUCCGUCAGCUCGAAGCCCUCCUCGACCAAGGAACCCGAUGAGUUUCCCUUCGACGCUUCUUCGACACCGGCGCCCCCACCUACAAAUGAUAUGUUCAAAUCCCAGCAGCCUGCUGAUACGCCUUUACCACUAUCGGCUGUCAACGGCCCCGCACACCCUCAUGGGCCCUCGGCACCAGUCUCGCGAAAGCCCACAAUGGAAGGGGAGGAGUCUGAUGCGGGACCCAAGGGUCGCCGAAGCGUACAGUUUGCCCGUUCUGCGACUUAUGAUCCCGUACCCAAUUCUCAUUCGCGGAACCAGUCUGUGGAGAAUGAUGAGGGGGACGCGAAAGGGAAAGAGAAGGGUCAAGGGUUGUCCCUGAUGACGAAGUUAAAGGCAUUGGCGGCCCCCAUCUCUCUACAAGGGCACAGCAGGAGCCACAGCGCCUUCGCAGGAGGCACUCCUCCACAUGGCAUUCCACACGACCAGUUGUCUCCUGCAUCAGAACGUGGGGAAUUUCGGUUCGAUGGCCAUGAUAGUGAAGCGGAUGCCGAUGCGGAAGAGAGCGCCGGAGAGGGACCGUCCGGAGCUCCUCGCCGGAAACGAAAGAGCCGACGCUGGUUCGAUGACGGCACGCAGACAGCUCCGACAACACCCAAACAUGCGAAAGAUGGCCACUUCUUCUCAAAGGAUUCUCCCGGUCUUACGCCCACGUCGAGUACGGCUUAUCGACCCACGUUUCUACGGCGCGGCACCAUGAGCGACAUCCCUGAAAAUCAGAGGGGAGGCGUAUCAGAAGAUGAAGGGAGAGAUAGACUUGCCAAGGAUAGAUGGGUGCGAGGUCUGCAUAGCGCAAGGGGUAUGUCGUAUGGGGGUUUGCGCCGGCGGGAACCUGGCGCUGAAGAGUCCGAGGAACGUCGACCCAGUCACCUACGAAGACUGACCGGAUUCGGUGGCAACGCAGAUGGCCAGCCUUCUCCUUGGAAAAUACGGAGCGAACGUACGUCGAGCCUCGGCGCGCAGAAGUGGCGCUCGCUCAAGUCCACCCUGAAGAUGCUGGGCAAGGGGAGAGCUGAGCGGCAGGUCGAUCACAUCAAGUCGGCGGAGCUGAUGGCGGAAUUGCUGGCCGGUGCGCCCGCUGCAUUGUUUGUUGCCAGCAUGUUUCAGCGCGAUGAGCGUGGACAUAGGCGUAUCCCUGUGCUCCUGGAACAGCUCAAGUGUUCCAUCACGGACAGCUACACGGCAGGCGGGGAGAAGGAUAAAGCGGGAGAGCGUCAUACAUGGUUCCGCAUCGAACUGGAGUAUGGUAGCGGCCUGACGCGGAUGAAGUGGGUUGUACACCGAUCUAUUAGGGAUUUUGGCAAACUGCACGUCAACUACAAAUUACUCCACCAGCAGGAGCGCCUCUCGUUCGGCGGGGCAUCGAAAAACGUUAAGAGGAAGAACUCCCAUGUGGACAGAAACAAAGAGAAGGAAUCAAUUGCUGAAGAUGCGAAUAGUGCCCCAUAUAAGAAAACAAAGCUUCCUGCUUUCCCUGUUAGCGCCGUCCCGUACUUGCGGGGACUGCGGGCACUAGGGCUGUCAGACGACGAGGAUGAAAAAGAGGCAGAGGACGAAGAGGCAGCAGGAAAUGCCAGUGGACAAGACGCCGAAGCUAGUGGCACCGACAGACCGUCCAAGGCGACACGCAAAAAAUCUUCGUUCUAUAUGGGACGCAGAAAGCUGAGCAUCGGCAGCCCCGAUCCUGGGAAUGGACCCGCUACACCGUUCGGUGGACGACAAACGAGCUUCGCAGGAGGCGCCGGUCAAGUGAAGAGGGAGACACCGGUUGAGCGACAGCGGAGGAAGUUGGAGACCUACCUGAACCAGAUGAUCUCUUUCUUCAUCUUCCGGCCGGAUAGCAAUCGCCUGUGCAAAUUCCUCGAGCUCUCUGCUCUUGGGGUGCGCUUAGCGGCCGAAGGAGGCUAUCAUGGUAAAGAAGGCCACAUGAUCAUCCAGUCUUCCAAAGGCGUUGACCAGCGGAAGAAAUGGGCCCCAAGACCCUUGGUGCAGCGCCACUCCCCUAAAUGGUUCUUGGUGAGGCAUAGCUACAUUGUGUGCGUCGAUGGCCCCGAGGACAUGAAUGUAUACGAUGUUUUCAUUGUUGAUUCGGACUUUGCCGUAGAAGCACGAGGCGCACGGCAGCCGAAAAAGAACACCAAACAGCAGGCAAAAGAUCUCGCGGAAGAGGCGAAAGCCACUGCUACAGGGCAUCAUCAGCUCAAGUUAUACAACGCGGAGAGGAAGAUGAAGCUGCUUGUCAAGAACGAGAGGAUGCUCAACCAGUUCCUUAGUUCUAUCAGAUUUAUGGCUAGUCAGACGUCUUGGGCGCAGAAGCAACGCUUUGAUAGCUUUGCGCCUGUGCGGAAGAAGGUCUACGCUCAGUGGCUCGUGGACGGGCGCGAUUACAUGUGGAACGUGUCGCGCGCUAUUAGCAUGGCGAGAGAUGUCAUCUACAUCCACGAUUGGUGGUUGAGUCCAGAGCUCUACAUGCGGCGUCCUCCAGCCAUCAGUCAGAAGUGGAGGCUCGACAGGCUUCUUCAGCGGAAAGCGCAGGAAGGCGUAAAGGUCUUCGUUAUAAUGUACAGGAACAUCAACACCGCCAUCCCUAUUGACUCGGAGUAUUCCAAGUUCUCGCUUCUGGACCUUCAUCCAAAUGUCUUUGUACAGCGAUCACCCAACCAGAUUCGGCAGAACACCUUCUUUUGGGCUCAUCACGAGAAGAUCUGCAUUGUAGAUCAUACCAUUGCCUUCUGUGGAGGAGUUGAUCUUUGCUUUGGAAGAUGGGAUACGCCACAACAUGGCUUGGUGGAUGACAAGCCGACGGGGUUCGAGCUGGACGAUUCGCCUAAGGACGCGGACCAUUGCCAGCUGUGGCCCGGGAAGGAUUACUCAAAUCCGCGUGUGCAAGAUUUCUACAGUCUCGACAAGCCUUAUGAGGAGAUGUAUGAUCGCAGCAAGGUUCCUCGUAUGCCAUGGCACGAUAUCGGCAUGCAAAUUGUUGGACAGCCCGCUCGCGAUCUGACGCGACACUUCGUCCAGCGAUGGAACUAUCUCCUCCGCCAGCGUAAGCCUUCACGGCCUACACCGUUCCUUCUUCCACCACCAGACUUCAACCCCGCUGAUCUUGAGGCCCUUGGUUUAGACGGCACUUGCGAAGUGCAGAUUCUGCGAUCUGCAUGCUCGUGGUCCUUGGGGACGCCGAACAAGACGGAGCAUAGUAUCAUGAACGCCUACGUUCAGAUGAUCUCGACUUCUCAGCACUUUGUGUACAUUGAAAACCAGUUUUAUAUCAGCACAUGUGAAGUCCUCGGCACAAAAAUAGAAAACAGGAUAAGUGAUGCCCUUGUCGACCGGAUCAAACGCGCCCACAAAAACCAGGAGGAUUGGCGAGCCUGUAUCAUCAUCCCUCUCAUGCCCGGCUUCCAGAACUCGGUCGAUCAACAGGAAGGAAGCAGUCUGCGUCUCAUUAUGACGUGCCAGUAUCGCAGUAUCUGCCGCGGCGAGUCUUCAAUUUUUGGCAGGCUGCGAGCAGCGGGUAUCGAGCCUGAGGACUACAUUCAGUUCUAUGCCUUGAGGUCUUGGGGAGUACUCGGUCCUAACAAGGCGCUGGUGACCGAACAGCUGUAUAUACAUGCCAAGUGCAUGAUCGUGGAUGAUCGGGUUGCUAUUAUCGGUUCGGCUAACAUUAAUGAACGCUCCAUGCUUGGGAGCAGAGAUUCGGAGGUUGCUGCGAUUGUUCGAGACACUGAGAUGCUGGACUCUUACAUGGCUGGGGAGCCAUACAAGGUUGGCAAAUUCCCUCAUACGCUUCGUAUGCGGUUGAUGCGCGAGCACCUGGGCGUAGACGUGGACCAUAUCAUGGAGGAGGAAUGGCAGAGCCAUAUGUCGGAUGACGCCAGUUCUCACUUCCACACGGAUUCGUCUACACCAUCCUCACCCGAGCGGGAGAUGGAGCAAAAGCUCGCCGAGAAUCAGGCUCGUCUACAGGAUGAGCUUAUUGCUCGCGCGGAGCGACUGCACAGCUUCAACCACGACAUUGACUGGGAACAAGCAAACAACCCGCAUCUUGUCGCCAACAAGAAGCCCGCGACCGAUCGCAGGGUUAUCGGGAAUGCCGCGCACCGGAAGGAUGUUCGCGGGGAGGGGCCAGAUCAUUUGCAGGCGUUCGAACAUAGUCGCCCUGAGUUGUCCAGAGGACGCGACUCGUAUGUCGAUGACCACGGCCACGAGGUGUUGGCUUCGGAUGUUGCAAUCGAAGGGCCAAACAAUACUACCAAGAAGAGCCCUCCGCCGACCAGGAAUCGCAGCAAUACAGUGACUACAAGGACCAGUGCACAGUCGAGCUCCAAAGAAGGUAAUAUUGCACUUCCACCAUCCCGGAUCCCUCGCAUGGACACCCAACAGCUCGGACUGACCCAUUUGAGCCAACUUCCCGCCUUGCCUGUGUCGGACGACACUGACAUCGGUGGGCCGCCUCUGUCACGCACUUUCAGUGCCGCAUCGUCCCACAUCAUCCAAACUCUACUGGCCGAUAUGCGCCGACCAGUUGUUACAGAAGAUUGCAUGAAGGACCCACUCAUUGAUGCUUUCUACUUGGACACAUGGCACACUGUCGCUGAGAACAACACAAAGCUGUUCCGGCACGUGUUCCGCUGUCAGCCCGACAACGAAGUCAAGACCUGGAAACAGUACAAGGAAUACGCCGCUUUUGCUGAGCGCUUCAACCAAGCUCAGGGACAGGGUAAGUCUCCACUCCGCAAGAUGCAAGAGUCGCCUGGCAAAACUGGACCCCCCGGCACUGGCGCCGUGCCAGUUUCUCUGGCAGCCGUCGCCGUCCAAGCAGCGAAACCGGCAGAGGCAUUCUAUGGAAAACUUGCGGAGAACGCGGGGACAGACAAUGGAAAGCAUCCACCGCAGGGCAAGGUGGAAGAUUGGGCUCAGGAACAGGAGCGACAUGUCGCACAAGCCACCAAGCCGGCCGCUGGUGACGACGUACUGGGCGACAAAGUAACACUCCAGAGCACUCCCCCAUCCAACGAUGCCAUCGUCAGCCCCAUUGGAGAGAAAGCACCCACUGAGACCUUUGUCUUCCCUCCUCCUCCGCCAGUCCCAGACACUGUGUCCGACCUGCCUGACUACUUUUCUACCACUGCUGCCGCAAAUAAUGCCAAUCUCUCGCGCAACCGCACCGUCACUAUCAGCGAACCCACCAGGGAAGCAUCCACGCGCACCGCAAACGGAAACCUUAACAUGAACUCCGUUGCCUCCGCUGGCAGCCGCAAAGGUCGCCGUCGUGGUACAACUAAGAGCUCGACGCGCGCCUUCCAUGCCCAAGACAACGAUAUCCUUCUAGACAAGGAGGAUGCGAAACGAUUGCUGGAGCUUGUGCAGGGGCACCUUGUGGUUUGGCCGUAUGACUGGUUGGAGAAGGAGGAGAGUGGCGGUGGGUGGUUGUAUACGGUGGAUCAGAUUGCGCCGUUGGAGAUUUAUACUUGAUUGAUUGGGGGGUCUUUGGAUGUUUGGUGAGCCAGAGGCAUGUGGCCGAUUGUUGAGUGCUGUACUGGUGGGUUUGAGCAAGUUUUCCCCGGUGUUGUCGUCACAGCGCUUUUUCUUUCAUAAUGGUUUUUCGCUCACACACGGUUUCUCUCCUCGUUUUGUUACUUGGCGUCUCAUCAGGGUAUGCACCCAUGUCUUCCUUCUAGCAGACUUUUCUUGCAUUGUUCUGGCGUGUGUCCCACAUUCCUUUGAUUCUGGAGUGUAUUCUUACCUAGGUAUUAUUCGUGUGUAGUAGCAUUACAGUCCGCGUUGGAGCUGUAGAGGGUCUUUAGCGGACAAUGCGCAUUUCAUCUUAUUUCCUUUCGUCCUCAGUUCUAUAUUAUUGAGUGUAUAGGAAAGGGGAAGGCGACGCUAAGGCGUUGUUGCCAUCUUCAUUGGUUAUAUAUCUCUAAUGUAUAUAUUAUAUUAGUUUAGUGACUC